AUGGACACUUCAGAUUACUCGGCGGCUGCUCUGAGGAGGGGGAGCUUUGACGAUGCUGCCAUUUCCCUGCGCCCUCACUUCAGACACUUGGCUCAGAGGCGACGCUCGGCUCCAUCGCUCGUGCUUGGGAAAGCUCUGGGGAUGACGUGGUCCCUGAUCAGGGAGGAAGCUCCAGGCCGGGUUUCUGUGGAGCAGAGUCCAUUCGUCCUCGGUUUGACCAGCGAGAACGGAGAGCUGCUGCUGGACGAGUGCGUCCAGGUCACAGAGGGCACGAAGACCAGGGAGAGACACCUGUUCCUCUUCAGUGAUGCCAUCGUCUUCGCUAAACUAAAGUCGACAGCCAGUUAUUGUGUGAAGCACCGAGUGAACCUCGAGGACAUCUGGCUUCACGGCUUUGAGGACGAGCAGGAGAACGGUGACGACGAUGGAACGGCUGAAGACAUCGACCUCAGGCUGACUCUCCUCCUGGCCUGGGCUCUCACUUUUUGUCUCGUGUGUUUCCGCUCCCCUGAGGUGAAAGAACGCUGGUUAGAAACUCUUCACAGGAAAAUUAAAGAGGCAAAAGCGAGAAGCGAGUGCUCUUCUUCACCUCCAGACGUCCUCAUGAAGGUGUUGAGUGGCAGCACUGCAAACAAAACGCUAACGGGAGGCGGCAUGGAGCAACUGAUUGAGCUUUUGCCUGAGGGCGAUGCGAAGAUCGUUCUCUCAAAGCAGCUAAACAAUCAAGACGAGCGGCAGCCUGCUGAAAACAAGUGGAAUGUGGUGAGGAGUAAGAUGAAGUUCAGAAAAGGCUCCACCAACAAAGUCUGCCAGGCAGACAAAGACACAAAGACGCAGCUGUUUGGACAACCCUUCUGCAAGAUCUGCCCAAAUGACGACUCACUACCCAAACCCAUCACAGAUGUGUUGAUGCUGCUGAGGAAGAGGGGCCCGUCCACGGAGGGGGUGUUCCGUAAACCGUGCAACAACCGGCUCAUGAAGGACAUCAGGGAGCAGCUCGACAACGGCUCGGACGUGGACAUGGAGGGUCAGCCGGUCAACCUGCUCGUUGGACUGCUCAAGUGUUUUCUGAAGGAGCUUCCUGGCAGCCUGCUGAAGUCUGAACUCUACCACAGGUGGAUAACGGCUCUCGAGCAUGAAGACGCACAGCAGAGAGCUCUGGAAAUCACAAAGGUGUUUGAUGAUCUCCCGGGGCCCAACAAACUCCUCCUGCAGCACCUAAUCUGUGUCUUGCAUCACAUCAUCGAGAGCUCCGACAUCAACAAGAUGGAUGCGUACAACCUGGCGGUGUGCAUCGGCCCCACGCUGCUGCAGCUGGACGACACCCCGCUGGACGGGCAGAGGGAAAAGAUGCAGAAGAUCGCAGAGCUAACCCAGUUCCUGAUUGAGAACUUUAAGCUUUUUGGAGAGAAUAUCCCAAGUUUGCUGGACACCGAUGAAGACUCCCUUUCCUCGGUGCAUCAUGACUCUGCGUAUGACAGCACUGAUCCAGACGGAGAUGGCGAGGCCGUGGAGAAGAUGAGGUCCACGCAUGGAGACCGAGGCUCGUCUUCUUCGUGCUCCUCCCUCAGUCCGAGCACAACUGCCUCAUCGUGGAAAUCCGACGCUGCUUUCGACACAAAAAAACCCUUCAACCGUCGCUGCUCCGAGCCCAUCAUUCACCUCUCUGCUGGUCUCGAGAACUUUCACAGCCACUCCAGGAGCCACGAGGACUGCUCCACGGAGAGGGGGGAGUUCGAUGAACAGCCUCUAAAAAAGCAGAUCUCAGAUGACUCCUUCCUGCUCAAAAGUCGAGGCGGAGUCAACUCGGUUGCGUCUUUUCCAAAAAUGAGCAGCGCCUCCAACAUGGAUCCACUGCCCUACAUGGGCAAGGACUGUUCCUGCUCCUCCUUGGAGAGCACUACCUCGAACCAAUCGGAGGGUUCUGUUUUCACCAGCUCCCCAAUGGGGUCACCGGGAUGCACCAAGAAAGCCAACGACAAGCAGGACAUUCCCAGACCGAUUUCAGAAGAGACGAAGCGGUCACAGUCCAUGAGGAAAACCUCUAAAGUCCUGAUGAGGACCAGGAGCUUGGGGGCAUUCAGCAGGAACAGCCUGAAGAAAGACUCUCAGAAAGAGAAAUGCUUCCCAUGCGAGACGCUUCAGGAAGACUCGCAGAGCGAAGCAGAUCCAUCAGCAGAGCUUCUGCCAAAACCACGCCCUCUGUCGGCAAUCGAGGUGUUCAAGCAGGUGGACAGCAAGCUGCCCUGCAGACCACCAACGUACGAGCAGGCGGUGCAGAACGUGGGCCUCCCUCCACACUACAGCUCCAUGACUGUUCAAGACGCUGUGACGCUGGGGAGGAGGUCCCGGCCUUCAUCUGUGAACUAUGACUUCCCAGCUGCCAGAGAGUACUUAAACAACCAAGACUGCUUUGCUCAAGCAGCGCAGAACAGCGUUAUCGAGCGGCAGCAGCCUUUUCGCCUGAGAGCCAUGUCCGAGUCUGUAUCCACGAGUCAACACGAGGGUCUAUCCCGGAGAUGCAGCCAACCUGUGUUUGAGGAAUUUUCCUACACCAAGGAGUCCUACGUUUAA